AUGCUCUUCCUCUCGUUUCAUGCAGGCUCCUGGGAAAGCUGGUGUUGCUGCUGCCUGAUUCCACCCGACAGACCUUGGAAUCGGGGCCGACGCUGGCUGCUGGAGAUGGCGGACACAAGAUCUGUGCAUGAAACCAGAUUUGAGGCGGCCGUGAAGGUGAUCCAGAGUUUGCCGAAAAAUGGUUCAUUCCAGCCAACGAAUGAAAUGAUGCUCAAGUUCUAUAGCUUCUAUAAGCAGGCAACUGAAGGACCAUGUAAAAUUUCAAGACCUGGAUUCUGGGAUCCUAUUGGAAGAUAUAAAUGGGAUGCUUGGAGUUCAUUGGGUGAUAUGACGAAAGAGGAAGCCAUGAUUGCAUAUGUUGAAGAAAUGAAAAAGAUUCUAGAGACUAUGCCGAUGACUGAAAAAGUUGAAGAAUUGCUGCAUGUCAUAGGUCCAUUUUAUGAGAUUGUAGAGGAUAAAAAGAGUGGCAGGACUUCCGACUUAACCUCAGAUCUUGGUAAUGUUUUAACUACUUCACAUCCCAAAAGCAUGAAUGGUAAAGCUGAAAGCAGUGAUAGUGGAGCUGAGUCAGAGGAAGAAGAGUCCCCUGAAGAAGUGAAAACAGAACAAAGUGAUAAUGAUAAGAAAAUUAUGAAGAAAUCAACAGACCUUAGCAGUUUGGAAUUUGCUGUUCCUAAUGGCUAUGAUAAAGGCAACUUUGUUCAGGAGAUACAGAAUGAUGUCCGUGGUAGUUCUUCCCUGACUGGCAAAGACAUUGAAGAAGUAAAGCCUGUAGAGCAAAUCUGUGAACAAACUGGAAAAGAUAACGUCUGCGUUCACCAAGAUGUAAAUGAUGAUCAUGUUGAAGAUAUUUCGGGAGUUCAGCAUUUGACCAGCGAUUCAGACAGCGAAGUUUACUGUGAUUCUAUGGAGCAAUUUGGACAAGAAGAGUCUUUAGACACCUAUUCAACAAACAACGGACCAUUUCGAUAUUAUCUGAGUGGUGAUCCCAAUCCGUCCUUGGAAAAUUCUGCCUUUCCUGAAAUCAUUCAAGUAUCUCCUAUAAAUGGAAGCAUUGGGGAUAUGCAGAUGGUAGCAAUUGAAGGAAAAGGUGAAGUGAAACGUGGAGGAGAAGAUGGCAGAAGUAAUAGUGGGGCACCACCCCAUGAGAAACGAGGUGGAGAAAAUGAGGACUUCUCUAAUGUCAGAAGAGUAAGAGGGCAUAGGAUGCAACAUUUGAGUGAAGGAGCCAAGGGUCGGCAAAUGGGAAGUGGAGGUGAUGGAGAACGCUGGGGCUCAGACAGAGGGUCCAGAGGCACCCUCAAUGAGCAGAUUGCCCUGGUUCUCAUGAGAUUGCAAGAAGACAUGCAGAAUGUCCUCCAGAGACUUCAUAAACUGGAAACGCUAACGGCUUCACAGGUAAGUGCAAAAUCAUCAACAUUACAGACUGCUACUCAACCCUCCACUUCGAGACCAUCUUGGUGGCCCUUUGAGAUGUCUCCUGGUGCAUUAACUUUUGCUAUUAUAUGGCCUUUUAUUGCCCAAUGGUUGGUGCACAUGUAUUAUCAAAGAAGGAGAAGGUAA